AUGUUCCCACCAAGAGGAGUUAUCUCUAUACUUGCUAAGGCUCCCAGCGACGUUGUAGUUAUAUCCUCAUUGCGCACGCCGAUAUGCCGUGCGAAUCGAGGAUCCUUCAAAGACGCGUUUCCUGAAGAGCUUCUUGCCUCUGUACUCGAAGCAACAAUCAACAGAGUGCCCAACCUGGACCCGUCAAUUAUAGAGGAUGUCGCUGUCGGUGUAGUACUGUCUGAGCUUGGAGGCUCUAAAGCUGCGCGCAUGGCUAUGAACCACAUCCGGACAGGGAUGAUCUCUGUGGGAAUUGGAGCGGGAAUGGAAAGCAUGACGCGCAACUACGGGAGCCGAGCUAUCCCAACUGACCUCUGGCCCGCUCUCAGAGAUUCUCCUGUGAAAGAUGCCUUGGACUGCAUUAUUCCAAUGGGAAUUACUUCGGAAAAUGUCGCCGAGCGUUACAGUAUCUCGCGGGAGGAUCAAGAUGCUUUUGCAGUCAGCAGUCACCUCAAGGCGGCAGCAGCCCGAGCAUCUGGACUUUUCUUGGAUGAGAUUGUCCCCGUUUUGCAAAAGCAAUCUGACGGACUAGGAGACGUUGUCGUCGAUACGGACGAUGGUAUUCGACCUCAGGCAAGUCUGGAAGGCCUAGCAAAGUUGAAACCGGCCUUCAGAGAGAACGGAACCUCGACCGCUGGGAACUCAUCUCAAGUCUCAGACGGCGCUGCUGCAACACUUCUCAUGAGACGCAGCACAGCAAAUGAACUCGGUCUGGGCGGCAGCAUCAUGGGCAAAUUUGUUUCCGCAGUCACAGUAGGCUGUGCGCCAGAUGAAAUGGGUGUCGGGCCGGCGAUUGCGAUCCCAAAGCUACUGGACAGCACUGGCCUCACGAAGAAUGAUAUUCACAGAUGGGAAAUCAACGAGGCUUUCGCAAGCCAGGCAAUCUAUUGCUUGAGAAAACUAGGUCUCGAAAGGGCAUACGAGAAUAAUAAUGUCAACCCUAACGGAGGCGCCAUUGCUUUGGGGCAUCCGCUUGGUGCUACAGGUGCAAGACUGACCAGUACGCUACUACAUGGCUUGGGGCGGGCCAAUGGCGGUGAGCUGGGGGUUGUGAGUAUGUGUAUUGGAACUGGCAUGGGUAUGGCCGGAUUGUUUGUACGAGAAUGA